AUGGUCCAGAACACUGACGAAGAGUUUCGGAUUCGCCUGAACCUUGGAAAGUGCUUCAAGCCUGAUGAAAUUAAGAUAACUACUAAUGACAAGCAGAUAUGCAUCCACGCCAAACAUGAGGAGAGGAAAGACAAGCAUGGUUCUGUGUAUCGGGAAAUGACUCGAAAAUACACUUUGCCACCAGAUGUUGAUCCAAAAGAUGUGUCCUCUACAAUGAACAAAGAAGGCGUCAUGUUCAUCAAAGCAGGCAAGAAGAAAGAAGCACUGGAGGCUCCCAAGGAAGUCCCAAUCCGUGUGGAAUACAAGGGCUGCUAA